CGCGCUCUCACCACACCCUCAAGCAGCUUCAUCAUGGGUCUCCGAACCAUUCCCGCCGACUCGCGCGUCUCCGACAACCCCUCGGAGAGCCACCACGUCUCGUCGACCGUCUACGGCUCGCGCGCGGCCGCGCAGGGCAUCCCGGCGCUCGAGAUGGGCGAGGACGAGAUGGACCCGAGGCUCGCCAAGCGCUUCGUCCAGGACGAGCUCCUCGGCAAUAGCAACCCGUCGCUCAACCUCGCGAGCUUCGUCACGACGUACAUGGAGCCCGAGGCUGAGGAGCUCAUGACGUCCGCUUUGGCCAUCAACAUGAUAGACGUCGAGGAGUACGGAAGCCUCGAAACGCUGGAGCACCGCUGCGUGUCCAUGAUCUCGCGCCUGUUCAACGCGCCGCGCGACAACGAGGAGGACGAGGCUGUCGGCACGUCGACCGUCGGCAGCAGCGAGGCCAUUAUCCUCGCCGUCCUCGCCGCCAAGCGCCGCUGGAAGAACAAGCGCAAGGCCGAGGGCAAGUCGACCGACUCGCCCAACAUCGUCAUGGCGUCGUCGGUCCAGGUCUGCUGGGAGAAGGCGGCUCGCUACACCGAGGUCGAGGAGCGCUACUGGAACGCCCGCCCUGGCGUCUACAACGCCAUCCCGUCGGAGCUCGUCGACCUCGUCAACGAGAACACGGUCCUCGUCGUCGCCAUUCUCGGCAACACGUAUCACGGCGGGUACGACGACGUGUCGGCGAUCAAUGACGAGCUCAAGAAGAAGAACGAGGCCGAGGGUCUCGACGUCACCAUCCACGUCGACGCGGCGUCGGGCGGCUUCGUCGCACCGUUCGUCAACCCCGACCUCGUCUGGGACUUCCGCCUUCCUCUCGUCAGCAGCAUCAACACGUCGGGCCACAAGUACGGUCUCGUCUACGCGGGCGUCGGGUGGGCCUUCUGGCGCAACAAGUCGUAUCUCCCGGAGGAGCUCCUCUUCACGGUCAACUACCUCGGCGCGCCGCAGGUCAGCUUCACGCUCAACUUCAGCAAGAGCGGCGUCAACGUCAUCGGGCAGUACUACCAGCUGCUUCGCCUCGGCAAGAGCGGGUACCGCGCCAUCAUGCUCAACGCGACGAGGACGGGAGACUUUCUCGCCGACGAGGUGCGCAAGAUGGGCGACGGCCUGUUCGAGGUCAUCAGCGAGGGCGAGGGCAAGGCCUUGCCGCUCGUCGCGUUCCGCAUCGUCAAGGAGAAGCCGUACGACGAGUUCGCCAUCGCCGCCCACAUGCGGCAGCGAGGCUGGGUCCUCCCGGCGUACACCUUCAUGCCGUCCUGCUCCCACAUGAAGGUCCUGCGCGUCGUCGUCCGCGAGGACCUCUCGCGCUCGCGCUGCGAGACGCUCGUGCGCGACCUCAAGGAGACGAUCGACUACCUCGAGUCGGCGCCGGUCGAGGUCCAGAAGCACCUCUCGAAGACGGACGGCGCCGCCGGCGACAUCAAGUCCGAGCACCACCCGACGCACCGCAAGGCCAACAAGACGGUGCACCUCCACGAGAAGCACAGCCUCGCCGGCAAGCACGGCAAGACGCACGCCGUCUGCUGAGCGAGCGGCCGGUCGGCGUCGACGGCGUGCGGCGGCGACAGCUCGGCGGUCGAUGAAGCGGUCUCGCCAGUGGGGCAGCAGCCGGCGAGCUCAGGAGGGCUUGUACAAGGAGAGGCGGGGCGUCGUCGAGACGAGAGAGGGGCGGCUUGUACGGUCUGGGUCGGCUUGCACAGAAUCAGUCUCUCAGUC